AGCAAAGUUUUUUUGUAAACCGUCUGCAAAGCCUGGGGGGGAGAAGCAGGCGCCCGACACCGGGCCGAGUGCAGCUGCUGUGGCCGCCGCCUUUUUAGCCUCCCCGGCGUCGGCUGCUCGACCCGAGCCACAGCGGAGGCGACCAGCGGAGGAAAGACCGGCGCGGAAAGCCUUCAGAUGCUGGGAGCCUUCGCAGAGCGGACCUGCCUAUCGCCCGCCCCCGCCUCUCACCAGCUCUUGCUUCGGGUCGGGCUCACGGUCCCCGGGCACCGGGAACCCCUGCUCCUCCACGCCGCCGCUCCACCGCAGGUGUGGGGCUGCUGGGGCUGAGCCGGGCCUCUUCCCCGGCUCCAAGAACCAACGCCUGCGGAGCUGCAAGCUGCCGGCCCGCCGGGGACGCCCACAGGCGCGGGGGCUCGGCGGCUUAACCCGCGGCUCACCCCCUUCCGACCCCGGAGGCUCCUGAGCGGUGUCCCUAGCGGCCCGGCUCGGACCGAGAGAGUCCCGCGCCGUCCUCUUCCCGUCACCAGGUCCUAGACCGACCCUCGGCGCCUCCCAGCCACCGCCUCCCAAGAGUCCGGCCGCGCUCGGCGGGCCCCCGAGCCGCAGCCAUGGGGUGCUGGAGCCGGAACCGGGGCCGGCUUCUGUGCAUGCUGCUGCUGACCUUCAUGUUCAUGGUGCUGGAGAUGGUGGUGAGCCAGGUGACCUCGUCGCUGGCGAUGCUCUCCGACUCCUUCCACAUGCUGUCGGACGUGCUGGCGCUCGUGGUGGCGCUGGUGGCCGAGCGCUUCGCCCAGCGGACCCACGCCACCCAGAAGAACACAUUUGGCUGGAUCCGGGCCGAGGUGAUGGGGGCUCUGGUGAACGCCAUCUUCCUGACCGGCCUCUGCUUCGCCAUCCUGCUGGAGGCCAUCGAGCGCUUCAUCGAGCCGCACGAGAUGCAGCAGCCGCUGAUGGUCCUCGCGGUCGGCGUGGCAGGGCUGGUGGUCAACGUGCUGGGGCUGUGCCUCUUCCACCAUCACAGCGGCUUCGGCAACAACUCCGGCCAUGGCCACUCGCACGGGGGUCACGGCCACACCAAGGGGGUCCGCAGCAAGAGCAGCCGCCCCGGAGACAGCGACCACAGGAGCCCGGGCGGCCAGAGACCCGACCAGGAGGAGACCAACACCUUGGUGGCCGGUAGCAGCAACUCCAACGGGCUCAAACUGGGCGGGACAGAUCCCGAAAAGCCCAGAACUAAUGCAACAGAUGUACAAAUGAAUGGGAAUGUUAUCAGAGAAUCUGAUAAUACGGAUUUGGAAGAUGAAGCUGAUGAUGCUCAAAAGGCUGGACAACUUAACAUGCGUGGAGUUUUUCUGCAUGUCUUUGGAGAUGCUUUGGGUUCAGUGAUUGUAGUAGUGAAUGCCUUGGUCUUUUACUUUUAUUGGGAUAGUUGUCCUGAAGGGAGGUUCUGUGAAAACCCGUGUAUCGUUGACCCCUGCAAAGCGCUUGUAGAAAUAAUCAAUAGUACUCAAGGAACAGUUUUUGAGGCUGGUCCUUGCUGGGUGCUAUAUUUAGAUCCAACUCUUUGUAUUGUAAUGGUUUGUAUACUUCUUUACACAACUUAUCCAUUACUUAAGGAAUCUGCUCUUAUUCUUCUACAAACUGUUCCUAAACAAAUUGAUAUCAGAAAUUUGAUAAAAGAACUUCGAAAUGUUGAAGGAGUUGAGGAAGUUCAUGAAUUACAUGUUUGGCAACUUGCUGGAAGCAGAAUCAUUGCCACUGCUCACAUAAAAUGUGAAGAUCCAACAUCAUACAUGCAGGUGGCUAAAACCAUUAAAGACGUUUUUCAUAAUCACGGAAUUCACGCAACUACCAUUCAGCCUGAAUUUGCUAGUGUAGGCUCUAAAUCAAGUGUAGUCCCAUGUGAACUUGCCUGCAGAACUCAGUGUGCUUUGAAGCAAUGUUGUGGGACUCGGCCACAAGCCUAUUCUGAAAAGGAUACAGAAAAGGCCCCAACAGUUAGCAUUUCCUGUUUAGAACUUAGCGAAAAUCUAGAGAAGCCCAGGACUCAAGCUGAAAACAUGCCUGCUGUUGUGAUAGACAUGAAAAAGAUGCCAAACAAACAACCUGAAUCAUCUUUGUGAGUCUUGAAAAAGAUGUGAUAUUUGACUUUUGCUUUAAACUGCAAGAGGGAAAAGACUCCACUGAAAUUCUAAGUUUGCCAAGUAGUGUAAUUGAAGUCUUUGGUCACACAGUUUAAUUCUAUUUUUGUAAGAACAUAAUGGGACUGUUUAGCAGACUUCUGUAUUACAAUUUGUGAUUCUCAGUGCAGAGUACAGGUAUGCUGUUAACAAUUUUGAAAAGCCAGUUUUAACACUAUGUUACAUUUUGUUUAAAGUAAGUAUAAACCUUAUAUAACAUAAUGACAUUUGAUUUCCAGUUUUGCCAUGGUUAAAAUUAAUUAGGGGGAUAAAUAAAUUAAAAUUGUUACUGGAAUUUCUCUGCUUUUCUUUUCCCCCAGUGUUAUAUUUUGUUUAUUAAAAUUAUCAUUGCUAGAACUUAAAAUAUCACCAACAACUUUGUUUCCUUUGAUACUUUAAGUAAUGUUUACUUGCUCUUUAAGAUCAUUAGAUAGCAUAGUGGCAGCAUAUUUUAAGAGUGACUGAUGGAUAUUAUUAGGAAAAGUUUUUUUUUCUUCACAUGGGUUAUUUAUCAUACUAAAGGUUAGUUAUUAUCCUGUGUUCUAUAUUGCUGAGUAUUGCUCUAAUAAACCGUGAGAUAUAAUUAACAAACUGAAUUAUAGUUUACACAUAAUAGGGCAUAUGGGGAGUAAGAGCAGGGAAGAAAGUUUACCAAAUUAAAUAUUUAGAUUAUUGUAAAUUAAUAUUGAGACUACAUUCUAAAUCCUGAGAAUUUGAACGUGUUUUUCCUUACCAAAGUUAGUCUAAAACAUGGACGUGUUCACCAGCAUUACUUGCUUUGAAAGAUUGGCAUCAGAAGCACAUAUUCAGUAAAUGUUUUUAAAGACAUUAAACUCAAUCUAAAAAUUACAUGUUAAAUGCAAGCUUACUAAUAGAAUCUUUAAAAAAAAAAAAAAAAAGACUUUCCAGAGUUAAAGUCAUUUCAUAGUGACCAAUCAUGAAUGGAUUCAAAUGCAGCUUUUCAAACACCACCAGCAAUGCUUGUGUUUUGCCAAGAGCCACUGACUUGGGAGAACAAAGAAAUCUGAAGGUUAAUGCAGUUUGGAUAUUAAAUUCUUAAAAAGCAAUAUGAAUUAAGGCAAAAUUAAUCAUUAAGAUUCUAUAAGUUAUCCUGUCUUGAUUAUGCUCAGAUCUUCCAAUAAUGGCUUAUUUUGCAAGAGCCCGCAAUAUCUACACAGGAAAUUGUUCUUCGUUAUUUUAUUGUUGCUAUACACAAAUGUUAUUUAAGGGUAUUUAAGUGGUAUUUUUCUUGAUAGAGAGGGAUUAUGCUUUGUGAAGAAACUAGAUUUUUGUCCUCAAAAGGGUGAAUAUUAAUAUCAGUUAUCAUGUAUAAUUCUAUUUUUCUAGCAACAAGGUAUUCUGACUACUUCAGUGACUUUUAUAGAUGACUACUUUUAAGAUGGCUACCUUUCGGGAUUUGAAAUAAUUCAUUGUUUAAUGUUUCUUAAGAGGAACACGCGGGCCUUUGACAGUUAACUUUUUAAAGGGGUGAUCUUCUGUGGUAGAUGGUGUGGUUUUUCUAGCAGAAGCCUGUUGCUGGCAAUGGGCCUAUUUAAGAACAACCGAUUUUUCCAAUGAGAAUGAGAGGUGAUUUUAGGAGCACAGUUUGUAAGUUCACAUUUACUCUAAUGGGCCAAAACCAUAACCUGCCAAUUUUGCAGUACAUCUUGACAUUUUAAUACUCUUAUCUGAUACUGUGGAAUUCGAUUCCUAAAUUGGUAGUUAUUUUGAAUUUUACAGUAUCUUUGUAGACAUGAAAUUGGGGAAUUCCCUCAUUGUAUGGAUGAAUAAAAGAGAAAGCUUCCAAUUGUAUUGUAUCAUGUACAUUCCUGACUUAACACUUUAAACUGCAAAACAUUAAGAUCUCAAAACAGUUUGUUACAGAAACAUUUCAGUAACGAUACAAUAGGAUAACUGGUAAAAUAUAUUCCAUGCAAUGGGGUUUUCUUUACAAAUGCUUUAUUGGGUCUGUUUUUUAAAGGUUGUAUAAUGUGUAAGACAUCAACCGAAUGAAGAUUUUUUAAAAUGAUGUAUAAGCUUGGGACAAGGGCUUUUCUCUCCUCCCCCCCUCCCCCCAAGUACUUUGAAGGUAACAGCCUCUAGGUUUCAGUUAUUUCGCUUUUCAUAAUUUCUAAGUAGCUUGUAUGUAGCAAAGUGGUACCAUAGGAACAUUCUCUUUUUUUCAAAGGACUUAGUCAUAAUAGCAAAAUCAGUGGGCACUGACUCACCUUUUGAGUUUUGGCAGAGAAUUAUUUAUUUCUUUACAAUGCACUUUCUAACCCAUUUUUAGCUAUAUUAGCAUCUUUUUAAAAACGCUUUUAUAUUUAAAUAUUGUGGGAUUUAGGUGUCUUUUCUAAAAUAGCUUAUUCCUUCUUAAAAGAAAAUGAAGGGAAUACCCUGAAUUAUUUGGAGACGUAAGCCCAAUAUUUAAAUAUGCUGUUUUAUAACACUGCAUCAGUUUUAGGAGGUGCACCUCUCCUGCUGGCUCUUUUAUAUUUGAGCAAGAUCAGUGUAUUUAGAAUGUGUUUAGCAAACUUGUCUGUCGUUUCGGUUUAGUGAGAAGGAGGUGCUGUAUGUACCUGAAUUAAAACCAAUCCAGAAAUUUUUCCCAAGCCAAAUGCAGCCUUAGUGAUAAGAGAUUUAAUUCUCCAUUGUCACCCCUUGUAGUUUAGAUGAAUGUUUAGUUAGUGGUUUUUUUUUUUUUUUUUUUUUUUGAAGGGCAUAUGCAUUGUAAAAGUAAGGACUGGAACCUACAAGAAAAAAGGUCAAAAAACUUUGCUGUAUGUAUUUUAACAUUUUAGAAAACAAUGUUUGACUAAGGUAUUUUACGUAAGUAGGAAAAAUUUCCAUCCAGACCACCUUUGGAAAAUCACAAUAGGUAGGAGACUAUGUUAACAUUUUAUAUCUUGUUAACAGCCUCAGUUAAUCUUGAACUUUUGAAAGUUGAGGGAAACAGCCUAUGAAAGCUAAUGUGAAGUACUUAGUAGGCUAACUGGUAUUGAGUUGAAGAUCUUUACUGUUUCUAAGCAGAUAUUUACCUGCUGUCUUAAGAUGUUCACAUACAUAAAUGUGGAGAAUAAUUCUACAUUAUAGAUAUAUUUAUUUUAAUAGUGUUUCAGUUAAGUCAUAAAACAGUGUUAAAACGUUUGGGAAGGUAAAGGGUUUUUUUGUUUUGUUUUUUAAAUUGUAACUGUCAAAUACAGUGUUUGACCAUCUGAAAUGGAAAUUGUAAUAGCACUAUUUUGAUGUAGCUCUACCAAUACUAUGUGAUGAUGCUCUUUUGUUUUACUAGCAGGCGCUGGGAUAUUUGGCAGUCAUUUUUACUGGCACAAGAGCUUUUUGUAUGUCAUUCAGCUUAAACUUUUAAACCAAAAAUGUUAUGGUCCAGUGUCUUUGGCAAAAGGAUGCUGAAGGGAAUGUAACAUAAAAUUAAUAUGUGGUUGUAUGUAAAAAGACACAAAUUGCCAUCUUAAGGUUCUGCCUUGAAACAGCACAAUGAAAUGUAUCUGUGUAUUCUGUGAUUCUUUAGGAAACUUCCAUGUUGUCUUGUUUUGGGUCUGCCAUACCCUGUCCUUCGGGCCAGAUGUGGCAGUUAAAUGCUACUAUCAUCUCAUUAAAUGCAGAAGCACAUAAGAUGUUUUUAGUGCUGCAACACCUGACCUAACUUUCUGUGUGUUCUAUGAUUGUACAUUGUUUUCCAAAGUUGUUCCUCCUACCUCAUCAUGAGGCUUUAUGGAUCGUUAUGUAUUAUAAAUGUUCUUUAUGAGACAGACUACUGUGUUUCUUCUCAUUUAUUAAAUGUUAAGUAGAAAAAUAAAUUAAUUUUUAAAUA